GUGAAAAGAACACUAUAGUUUUAUUGUUUCACGUAAUCCAUAAGAAUUGUGCUUUGUGCAUUUAAAACAUGAAGUUUACUUUUUUACCUUGUUGUGACUCAUCUCACACACAGUCGACUAAGAGAAGUUGCAGUUGUAACGAAGAUAUGCCCUGUGUACAGACUGCACAAGGGUUACUGAAAGGAGUUACAUCUAAAUUCGAAAAUGAAACUUACUACUCAUUCAAAGGUAUCCCAUACGCAAAGCCGCCUAUUGGGGAUUUGAGAUUUAAGGCCCCCGAACCACCAGAGCGAUGGGAAGGCGAGCGCGAUGCAUCCGAACACGGACCUGUGUGUCCACAAUACAACGAACGUAUGGAUCGUAUGGAGGAAGGCAGCGAAGAUUGUCUUUACCUUAACGUCUACACCAAACAUCUGAAACCCGCUAAACUGCUCCCAGUCAUGGUCUGGAUACACGGCGGCUCCUUCUAUACUGGUUCUGGAAACUCUGACUUCUAUGGCCCUGAUUUCUUCAUGACCCAUGAUGUCGUACUAGUCACUUUCAAUUAUAGACUUGAAGUACUGGGUUUCUUAUGUCUAGAUAAUGAGCAAGUACCAGGCAACGCCGGUCUUAAAGAUCAAGUAGCAGCUCUACAAUGGGUCAAGAGAAAUAUAACGGUAUUUGGAGGAGACUGUAAUAAUAUAACUAUAUUCGGUUGUAGCGCUGGCUCUGCCUGCACUUCCUUCCACCUGAUAUCCAAAAUGAGCGAGGGAUUGUUCAACAAAGCUAUAUGCCAAAGCGGUGUCUGCCUCAACGACUGGAGCUACAAUAUAUACCCUCGUCAACGGGCAUUUCAACUAGGCAAACUACUUGGGAAAGAAACAGAGGACGAAAACGAACUAUUAGAAUAUUUGAAAAGUGUUCCUGCAUCAUCUUUGGUCAAAAUAAAGUUGCCACCUUUAGAAGUCGACCAUAUAGAUUUAACUGAUGGAUUAUUUUUUGGGCCUGUUGUAGAGAAAACAUGUCAGAGUGUUAAAAAUUUCAUGACUGAACGACCAUCUGACCUAGUUCGAAAAGGACAUAUAGCCAAAGUACCACUAAUUUUAGGAUUCACAUCAGGAGAGGGUAUGGAAAUAACGAGGAAUCUAGAACAUAUGAUAGGUAUGCUUAACAUAGAGGGGAUUCUCAUACCUAGAGAGUUGAAGUUACAAUUGGGCCCAGAGAAAAGACGUGAAAUAGAAGAAAAAAUCCGAAGACAGUAUUUCAAAGGCAAAAACAUAACGACGGAAAUGUUACAAGAAGUUACCGAUUAUAUGACAGACGUCUUAUUCUCCUACAAUACUGCCAGACUGGCAAAGUACCGCACCCAGCUUUGUGGAUCGUCACCAAUAUAUUUAUAUCAAUUUAUAGCAGAGUCUGAAAGGAAUUAUAUGAAAACUUUGUAUAAAAUAGAUCAUGUUAAAGGCGUAUGUCACGGCGAUGAAUUGCAUUAUCUUUUUCAUGUGACAUGUCUUCCUAUACCGUUGUCUGAUAGAUCUAGAAAAAUCAUAGAUCAAUUUAUGAAAUUAUGGGUUAAUUUUGCAAGUACAGGAAAUCCCACGCCGUCACAUUAUGCCGAAUUAUGGAAGCCAUUUUCCGUAAAUGAAUGGAAUUGUUUUAUCAUUGGCGAUGAAUUGAAAUGUAUUCAAAUUCAAGACGCGGAAAACAUGAAAUUUUGGGAGGAAAUUUAUGGAGAAAUAGAUGCUUUAAACGGCUACCAUCGUCAUACGACAGAUUAAAAGAAAAGUGUAAAAUAAAAUAAUAUUCUUAUAUCUUUGUAGAC